AAACUGCGGGCUGUAGAAGAGGGGGAAGAAAUCAAGAAUGGCAGUUCGUCUGCAGCUUUUUGCUCCAAGCAGACUCAGUACAGAAUCAUUUAACAAGGCCCACAAGAUUGAUAAAGAUGAUGGUGGUGGUGGUGGCUGCCUCAAAACUCGAAUUUUAAAGCUUGUGUACCCACGGCGGAGCGCCACUGCUGUGCUGCAGAAUUGGGUUGAGGAAGGCCGCGGACGGAUAUUCACAUGGAUGGAGGCUAAAGAAAGAUCUCGAAUGUCUGCUGCUGAUCAUGCAUUGAGGUUAGAAUUGACGAUUAAAGUGCACACUGUAGGGGAAGCUGAAAAGUAUUUUGAAAAUUUGCCUAACACUGUUUCUAAGAAAGCUGCCAGUCUCCCUCUUCUUCACUCUUAUGUUAAAGAAAGGUCCACUGAGAAGGCUGAGUCUUUGAUGCAGAAGAUGAACAGCUUGGGACUAAUUGUAAACCCUCAUCCAUAUAACGAGAUGAUGAAGCUUUACAUAUCAACAUCUCAACAUGAGAAUGUGCUCGCUGUCAUAGUGCAGAUGAAACAAAAUCGAAUACAAAGAACUGUUGAGCUGUUGAGCGUGCUAAAUUACAGAAGUACUGAUCGCUGCUGCAGCUCUUCCAACUGGUAGAAAAUCAUGGCAUUUCA